AGUGACGUCACCGGCCUGCCAGCGGGCGCCAUUUUGAAAGUGGAGUCGCCUACCCCUGCCGCCGCGGCCGCCGUCGCUGCCGUAGCCGCUGCCGCCGCCGCUACUGCUGCCGCCAACACCGCGGGAGAAGGAGCACGAGAGGGGACGCCCCGGAGUGAAAGCCACCAUCCUGCCGGCCUCUCCACCCGGGCCGCUUCCCUUCCGCCCCGGUCCCCGUCCCCUCCCCCCUCAGGUGCCAUCCGCCUCCAUCCGCGCCCUCGAUCCCCCCAUCCCCAGGUGAGGGGGCUGAGCCCCGGUCGCGGAGACCCCGAGGAGCCCGGCAGGACCAUCAUUUGCAGCGCGACAUGGCAGGAGCUGGAGGAGGGAAUGACAUUCAGUGGUGUUUUUCUCAGGUGAAAGGAGCCGUAGAUGAUGAUGUAGCAGAAGCAGAUAUAAUUUCUACAGUAGAGUUUAAUCAUUCUGGAGAAUUGCUAGCAACAGGAGAUAAAGGUGGGAGAGUUGUCAUCUUUCAACAAGAGCAGGAGAACAAAAUCCAGUCUCAUAGCAGAGGAGAAUACAAUGUUUACAGCACCUUCCAGAGCCAUGAGCCAGAAUUUGACUACUUGAAAAGCUUAGAAAUAGAAGAGAAGAUCAACAAAAUUAGGUGGUUACCCCAGAAAAAUGCUGCCCAGUUUUUAUUGUCUACCAAUGAUAAAACAAUAAAAUUAUGGAAAAUCAGUGAAAGAGACAAAAGACCAGAAGGCUAUAACUUGAAAGAGGAAGAUGGAAGGUAUAGAGAUCCUACUACAGUCACUACAUUACGGGUGCCAGUGUUUAGACCCAUGGAUCUAAUGGUGGAGGCCAGUCCACGGAGAAUAUUUGCCAAUGCCCAUACCUACCAUAUCAACUCAAUUUCUAUCAAUAGUGAUUAUGAAACCUACUUAUCAGCGGAUGAUUUGCGGAUUAAUCUCUGGCAUCUGGAAAUUACAGACAGGAGUUUUAAUAUUGUGGAUAUCAAGCCUGCCAAUAUGGAAGAGCUCACAGAGGUGAUUACAGCAGCAGAAUUCCAUCCCAACAGCUGUAAUACAUUUGUGUACAGCAGCAGUAAAGGAACUAUUCGGUUAUGUGACAUGAGGGCAUCUGCACUCUGCGACAGGCAUUCUAAAUUGUUUGAAGAACCUGAAGAUCCCAGCAACAGGUCAUUUUUUUCUGAAAUCAUCUCCUCUAUUUCUGAUGUAAAAUUCAGCCAUAGUGGUCGCUAUAUGAUGACUAGAGACUAUUUGUCAGUCAAAAUUUGGGACUUGAAUAUGGAAGACAGGCCUGUGGAGACAUACCAGGUACAUGAAUACCUCAGAAGUAAACUUUGCUCACUGUAUGAAAAUGACUGCAUAUUUGACAAAUUUGAAUGUUGUUGGAAUGGGUCUGACAGCGUUGUCAUGACUGGAUCCUACAAUAAUUUCUUCAGAAUGUUCGACAGGAACACAAAGCGGGAUAUAACUCUAGAAGCAUCACGAGAAAACAAUAAGCCUCGCACAGUUUUGAAGCCACGCAAAGUCUGUGCAAGCGGUAAACGAAAGAAAGAUGAAAUAAGUGUUGACAGCCUAGACUUCAACAAGAAAAUCCUUCAUACAGCUUGGCACCCCAAGGAGAACAUCAUUGCCGUAGCAACUACAAACAAUCUGUACAUAUUUCAAGACAAAGUGAAUUAGGCUGGCAUUCCUAGCAGAGGAGCCACUUCCUGCUUAGUGAGAUAGUUGAAUCUAGCAUUCAUACCUAUAAGAGAGCGGUCCAUUGUGGCGCCCCUUUCCAGUGUUUGACAGUGUGCCAUUCGACAACACAUUUGAUAGCCACAUGGAGAAAGCUGUGUGGAUGCCUCCCGGGCUGUUCUCCAUGUCUGCUAGCCAUUUAGGGAAGGGAAGGGCACUUUUAAUUUAAUGACUUCUUGCACCAUCUUGCCUGGUGGACUGGACUGGACUGUGUCAGCAUUGUUGUACUCCACUUUUUAUGCCUUCCAUUGUGAUGACGUCAAACACAGUGAACGCCUUCAGUCAUGCUAUGGGAUUUGUGUAUCCUCAUUACUGUAUCAUUUGUGGGGUACACCCCUCUUUUUUAAAUUAAAUACAGCUCAUUCUUACUGUGGCUUGUAGCAUUCCUCCUCUCUGGCCUCCUGGACUCUUCCCCCUCCAUCUCUUACCCUUGCCCUUUCCACCUGGUCUCGGUGGUGGCAUAUCAAAAAAAGGAAGAACUAAAGAAAGCACACAAAAUGAGUCAGUCUGGGGUCAGUGGUAACGGGGGUAUAUGUUGCGAACAAAUGUUUUAAUAACAGUUGGCUGUAAUCACUCCUUGCCAUGUCUGGCACUGAAAAUAAGGAAAAAAACCUACUACUGAAUAAAAGUGACAAAGAAUGGA